AUGGCCGCAGCAAAGACGCAGCAGCUGUUUUCCUCCCACAACCUGAAACACAAUGUCACCAAGACCGAGUCUGGUUCCGAAGUGCACAGCUACACCUCCGAUCUAGGUCCAGACACACCCGUCCUGACCCUCAUUCACGGCUACCCUCAAUCCGCCUACGAGUGGCGCUACCUUGUCCCUCUCCUCCAGGAGAAGGUCUCGCUCUUCGUGCCUGAACUUCCGGGCUAUGGCAUCUCGACUAGCCAGUCGGCCAACGAUAAACGUGCUAUCGGCACAACCCUCCUCAACACCCUCGGCGCAGUCUUCGGCAAGAAUCGUAAAGUCAUCUUGGGUGGGCACGACCGCGGCGCUCGUAUCUGCCAUCGCCUCGCCGUCGAUGCCGCCAACUACCCUCUGCAGAUUCUUGGCGUGGUCAUGCUGGACAUCGUGCCCACGCUCGUCCAAUGGCAGGCCUUUUCCAAUCCCCGAACGGUAAGUGGAUACUUCCACUGGCCGAUGCUGGCAAAUGUGGAGAUUGCCACGCAAAUGAUCACUGCAUUCGGCGGCGGGAAAUGGGCGAAGAACGCCAAUGAGCGCAUCGCGGGGCCAUCAGAUAUCGGAAAGGCGCGAGUGGUGGCCGAUGGCGCCCUCGACGUGUAUGCGGAACUUUUCGACAAGGAGGAGACCAUCAGGUACAGCUGCGAGGAUUACCGAGCCGGUGCUCAAGAGGACGUCACAGAGCAACAAGCAGAUCAAAAGGCAGGGCGAAAGAUCAACAUUCCCACGCUUGUCAUGUUCAGCAAGUCGAAACUAGGCUCGACGAUGGACUGUGCGGCCGUGUGGAAGGACUGGAUUGCGGAAGGUGUCGAUUAUCAAGGCAUUGCGGUGGGUGAGGAGAGAGGCCAUUAUCUGCCCGAGGAGGCAUACGAGACAGUGCGGGACGCUAUGGUCAAGUUCAUUGACAAGGUGACUUGA